AUGUUAAGUAAACUAUUUCCCUUCAUUAAGGAAAAGCCAUUGAGUGAACGGGCUCAAUCUCGAGAUGCCUUCAUUUACUUGGAUUGGGCUGUGUGGUCCUUCGGCUGGACAAAGCCUGCUGAUAAAAGGUGGAGCCUUGUGUACAAUCUGUGGGCCGCUUUUAUGGUAGGUUUGAUAUUAAUCUUUCUGCCGCUAUCAAUGGGUUUCGAGUACGUUCAGCGAUUCAAGAGCUUCUCGGCGGGCGAGUUCUUGAGUUCGCUCGAGAUUGGGGUGGACGUCUUCGGCAACUCCUUCAAGUGUGCUUUCACCAUGAUUGGCUACAGGAAAAUGGAGGAGGCCAAGCGACUACUGAAUCGGCUGGACGAGAGAUGUGUUCAAGCUGCGGAAAGGGCCACUGCUCAUCGCUGUGUGGCCUGGGGAAAUCGUGUCUAUGUUGUGUAUCACAUUUUCUACUACAGCUUUGUGCUGAUGAACUUUCCGUAUUUUCUACUGAAAGGACGACACGCCUGGCGUAUGUACUUUCCCCUGAUCAACACCGAUCAGCAUUUUCUGCUCUCCAGCAUCGCGGAGUGUAUCCUUAUGGCGGAGUGCAUCUUCAUGAAUCUGUGCACGGAUGUGUGUCCCCUAAUCUCGAUGCUAAUGGCUCGAUGUCACAUAACCCUGCUUAAGGAUCGGCUGAGAAAUCUGCGCUCAGAGCCAGGAAAAACUGAGGAUGAGUACUUGGAGGAGCUGACUAAAUGCAUCCAGGAUCAUCGUUUGAUAUUGGACUAUGUCAACGCAUUGCGACCCGUAUUUUCGGGCACAAUUUUUGUGCAGUUCCUACUAAUCGGUACUGUUUUGGGCCUCUCGAUGAUCAACCUAAUGUUUUUCUCAACCUUUUGGACGGGACUGGCCACGUGUCUCUUUAUGUUUGAUGUGUCUAUGGAGACCUUUCCCUUUUGCUAUUUGUGCAAUGUGAUCAUCGAUGAUUGCCAGGACCUGGCCGACUGUCUAUUCCAUUCGAAUUGGGUGUCCGCCGACCGUCGCUAUAAGACCACUUUGGUAUACUUUCUUCAAAACCUUCAGAACCCCAUUACUUUGACGGCUGGCGGAGUGUUUCCUAUUUGUAUGAAUACAAAUUUAGCUAUGAUGAAGUUGGCUUUUUCUGUGGUUACCCUUAUAAAGCAAUUCAAUCUGGCCGAGAAGUUUCAAUAA